AUGUUGAAAAGAAAUAAAGCAAAUGUUGUAAAUAAUACUGAAGUAGCUGAAGUUAAACAAACUCCGACACCAUCACAAACAACACCUUCAAUGACUCCUGAACCUAUGAAAGUACAAACUCCUGUUCAAAAGUCAACUCCUAAACCGACUCCAACAUUUAAACCAGAACCUACUCCUCAAAUAAAUCGUAAAACUCCUGCGUUUCCUUACUGA